GCCUCUUCCGCGGCUUUCCCAGUCUCCUACUACUUAGGCAAGGCUACAUCACGGUAAUGAACCUCAUCUAUCUAGAUGCAUCAUAUACUGCUGACUGUGGCAGCCUCCUGCCGGUUACGAAUCUCUCGCUUUUAAAUCUCACCCUUGACCACUAGAACUUCUUAACCAUCCCGCCAUCGAUAUCCGAUUUUGGGGGAUCGAUCUCAAACCAUUGCCCAUCGCUUGAACGGCCGUGAUCACCAUGGCAUACUAUCUUAUAUAUUUCCUCACAAUCACAGUUGUGGUCUGUGGCACAGUGCUCUAUCUUACCCGAGCCCGAUGGUUACAUCUAAUCCCAGUUCCCGAUUACAUUUAUGAUCGCCUACCUUCCAGCUUCGCCGAGGACAUAGAAGCGGGGCUGACAUCAACGCAGUUUGAUCUUUCUGCAAACAUCGCAGAUGGCGACGCUAGGGCAGGGCUGGAUAACCAAGCCAAACGACAAGUGAGGAACAUUAUGAGACGCGAAAGGGUAGACUUUGAUGAGGCCCGUCGGAUUUAUACUGAGCAGCGCUUUGCUAAGAACAACAUUGGUCCCGAUGGCCGGCCCAGGGACCCGAAAUUUGUUUCAUUUUCAUGAACACCGUUUGCUACUGCGCGGCGCCUCUAUUGCUUUCACACACUCAUUAUACAGUACUACUUUCUUUCAUCUAAUCCCCCUCUCCAAUUCUCUCUCUCUCUUAUUUUUAUUUUUAUUUUUACUUGGAAUAAGGGCCUUUCUUAUGUAGCUUUGUGAUAUGGGACGAACUCUCUUUUGCUUUCCUCUCCACUCUUCACCCAGCCCUCAAUGUCAGCGAUGCUGGACUUAAAUAUUUGCUAUAGAUUCAAGAAAUUGAUCCC